GGCGAACGUGCUAACCACUAAGCCACCAUGCCCCCCUUAUUUAUUUAUCUCAAAUUGUGAAAGUGAAACUGGCUCGGUGUACACACUGAAACAGGAUCAGACAUAGCAAACAGCAAAAGGGAAGAAUGGACCUGAUCAUAAAUAAGAAGGUGAAGCUUAUAAAAUGGCUACGUGGGGACGAAUUCAUUCUGCAGCACGUACAAUCUAAGAAACUGAUCAAUGGGGACGAAUACAUGAAACUAAAAAGUAUCUCAGAUCCCGGAACACAGAUAAGGGACCUCUUAGACCUAAUGGUGCAAAAGGGAGACCGUGUAUGCGUCGAUUUCCUAGACUUGCUGAAAGAAGACGAUGUAAAUGAAGGUAGCCCUGAGCUCCGGGACUGGAUAAAAUCACAAGGUAUCUCAGUGAAUAUCAAAGGGGAAUCUGGCAGCAAUAUUUGCACCCCUGUCAAUAUUGGUGCAGCGAUUAAUAGCAUCAAUAUAAACACACAAUUUACUAAUUUAAAAACCACGGAUGUGAUGAGAAACGAUAGGACCCAGAACAAUCCAACAAUUACAGACUAUGAGAAAUUUCUGGAGACGAACAAGAGCAAACUAAUUGAUAAAGUAAAAGCCGUUGACAGAAUCAUUGAUGACCUCAGCCUUCAUGGUGAAAUGGCGGCAAACGUGCGAGCUAAGAAGACUGACCAGGCCAAGAUGAGGAGACUUCUGGAGUACACAACCAGCAAAACAGCUGCUAGGCGUCUGGUUGAUGCAUUGAAUAAACAUGCAGCUGAUGUCAUGGAGGACUUGGCAUCAGCCUAAUUGCUCACUGAGGCAUAUAAAAUCCUUCUUAAUUAAUGGUGCAUGAAGUAAAUAACAGACCACAUACCUCAGUUUUUCUAAUGCAGCAUUAUAAGAUGUGUUAUUUAUAUUGUGUAGAGAAUCAGUAAUAAAUAUGAUCCUACUAUGGUUUUACACUUUUAUAUUUCAUAAAUGGGGCAAGAAUGUGAGAGGUAAAUCAAUCAAAAUUCUUAUGAUGGAAAUUAAAUUCGAUAAACAUC